AUGUCUAUCUCUUCCUUCCGCACACUUGGCCGCAACGGUCCCCAGGUUAACUCCGUUGGCUUCGGUGCCAUGAGCCUUGGAGGUGCAUACGGCGCGCCAGCUUCUGAGGAAGAAAGCCUCUCCCUGCUGGACCAUGCUUACAGUAUUGGCCAACGCUUCUGGGAUACCGCCGACGUAUACGGUGAAAGUGAGGCUCUCAUCGGCAAGUGGUUGCAAAAGACUGGCAAGCGUCACGAUAUCUUCCUGGCCACCAAAGGCGCCCUCCACUACAGUCCCGAGAUGGUCGAAACGGUCCGCUCAGAUCCAGAGUAUCUCAAAUCGGCCUGCGAGAAGAGCCUGAAACGACUGGGUGUGGAGACAAUUGAUCUGUAUUACUCGCAUCGUGUCGAUGGAGUGACUCCGAUUGAACGGACGAUCGACGCCAUGGUCGAAUUGAAGAACCAAGGCAAGAUCCGCUAUAUCGGUCUCUCUGAAGUGUCCGCCGCCACCCUGCGCCGUGCUCACGCCGUCCACCCGAUCACCGCGAUGCAAAUCGAAUAUAGUCCCUUUAGCCUUGACAUCGAAUCACCAAAGACCGAUAUUCUCCGGACAUGUCGGGAGCUUGGAAUCGCUGUUGUUGCCUACAGCCCCAUCGGGCGUGGCGUUCUGACCGGAAAGUUCAGGUCCUUGUCUGAUCUCCCUGAACAGGAUGUCCGGCGGGUCUUCCCAAAGUUCUCCGAAGAGAACUUCCCCAAGAUUGUGGAGUUGGUGCUGAAGCUAGAAGAGGUUGCGGAAGCACACAAUAGCACGCCUUCUCAGAUAGCGAUCGCGUGGCUGCUGGCUCAGGGACCGGAUAUCAUCCCUAUCCCGGGCACGAAGUCGGUGAAAUAUUUGGUUGAGAAUGCCGGGGCUGCGGAUAUUAUUCUCACUGAAGGGGAGUUGAAGAAACUGCGGGAGAAGAUUGACCAGACAGAGCUGGAUGGAAAUCGGUAUCCGGAUAUGCUGAGUAGAGCGAUUAUUGCUGACACUCCGCUUCCUUGAAACCGAAGUCUGACUUUUGUAAUAGUCGAGGUGACUUUAACUAUGCUUCUGCAUCAAUUCAGCAAAGAGGCCGACCUAACUGGCUAGGGGAUUGUGAGGCAACCUUUUUAUCCAGUGAGGAGAAUAUCACAGUGUGCAAGGAAGUUUCAUCAUUCGACACAUGUUGCUAGAUUCAUAAUUGCCAUACUAUUCUUCUCUGCGGAGCGACGAAC